AUGGCACAUGGCCCUUCAACUGUUUUACGUGUUGCAGUCCUCUACCAAGCAUGCGACCCCCCAGUCGUCAACGGUGUCCGCAAACCAAAGAAACCCGGGGGAUAUCAAGAUUCAGGGGCUGACAUUGCCUACGUUCUCACGGCCAGGGAGGACGUCGAUGUCAUUACUGCAGAGGAACAUCCAGACCCACGACGAGAUGGAGGCUGGUGCUUCCCUGACACGGAGGCAGGCAUUCUGGCCGCCAUCGAACGAGGUGCAAACAUUUUAUGGGCCAACACGAUUCUCUUUGCCUCCCACCCACUGCAGACCUCGCCAGCUCUGGAUACAUACGCAGCGGAGGUGAAGGUAGUGGGUCAGCCACCACAAUUUGUUCAACAGUACGACGACAAGAACUAUGUCAACGAGCUUCUGCGCCAGCACGGCGGCUUCACCAUGCCUCGCUCAUGGAUCAUAGAUUCCGCAUCAUCUCUCAGCUUUGAAAACUUCCCGUACCCAAUCGUUGCCAAGCCGAUCCGUGGACGAGGAAGUCACGGCGUCAAGGUGUGCCACAGCCCUUCGGAUCUCUCCACCCAUUUAACAGCCUUGCUCAAAGAAAGCCCGAUCGUCAUGCUUGAAGAAUAUCUCUGUGGCCAGGAAGCGACCGUCACGGUCAUGCCGCCAUGUGAGGGACAUGCCGGUUAUUACGCACUGCCACUCGUCGUGCGCUUCAACCACGAAGACGGCAUUGCGCCGUAUAACGGCGUUGUCGCUGUGACUGCCAAUUCAAGAGUGCUGACACCACACGAGCAAGAUCAAAAUCCACGGUAUCAAGGUAUCAGUAAGGAAUGCGAAGAGGUCGCUCGCUUGCUGCGGGUGACUGCGCCGAUCAGAAUCGAUGUGAGGCAGUUCACAGAGACAACGGACUCGAAAUUUGCGAUUUUCGAUGUCAAUAUGAAGCCCAACAUGACCGGUCCAGGCCGACCCGGUCGUGAAGACCAGGCUAGUCUGACCGCCAUAGCUGCCGCCGCGCUGGGAUGGGACUACCCCGAGCUGUUGGUAAGGAUAUUGAAGUCUGCUCGCACGUUACAAGAUCUGAGGCAGAUGGAUGUUUGA